AUGGUAGAAAGGAAUAGUUUAAAACAAGUUCUGCUUUUCCAAGUAAACGAAAGAACAAAAUUUACCUGGCAAAUGAAAAUUAAAAAACAUGUAAAACAGGAAACAAUCGUUUACAGCGAUUGUUGGAAAGGUUAUUAUGAUCUAGAAAAAAAAGGCUUUGAACAUAAAACGAUAAACAACAGAAAAUGGUUUAAAUAUCCAAAUACAGUAAUGCAUACCAACACUAUUGAAGGUAGCUGGUCCGCAGUAAAAGCUUUCGUUUUAUAUAAAUGUAUGAAAAGAAAAUUAAUUAAUCCAUAUUUAGUAAGAUAUAAGCUUGUUAAAAACUAUAAACGACAUUCAUUAACUGAUUGUAUGAAACUUUUAUUUAAUCAAAACUUAAAUAAUAAAAAUUUGCUCUAUUAUUUCUUUCUUCUCAUCAUUUCAAAACCUACUUUUUGGGACUAA